AGCUGCAGAGUAAACAAAUUAAAGACAGAAUUUCUGGACAUAGGAAUUCAGAAUGGUGCUUCCUUCGGCCAUUUUGAUAAUGGAAACUUGUCACUCACCUACAAGUCACAGGACGGAAAAAGAACUACAAUUGUGUCACUCUACUGUAAUGAGGAACAAGAAGACAGCACUCUCCGGGCCGUGGGAGAUAUGGGCUCCUUCUUUUGGUUGCAGUUACGAAGUAAGUAUUGUUGCCCUAGAAAGAGGGAGGAAAUUCCGAAUUUUUCUAGACUUGGUCAUUUAUUAAAUCUGAUAAAAUAUAGAACAGAAAAACCCCAUCCACCCACAAUUCCAACUCCAAGUGUCGUCACAGUGACGUCACAACCGGCACCGGAUCUUCACCAGAUAACCUUUCUUCUUACAGGAAUCUUAAUUGUGUCCUUCCUCAUACUGUUGAUACUAGUGAGUGGACUGUUUUGGAAAUGUAUAAGAAGAAAUCCUUACGCCCCGUACUCACUACUUCCAAGCGAUGACUUUGUGGAAAAUAAAAGGCAAACGUAUUGA